AUGUCAGACCGUGGUAGAGGCAGAGGACGCGGAGGGCGAGGUGGGGACCGUGGUGAUCGUGGUGGUGGACGCGGCGGUGGACGUGGAGGCGGUGGUGCCACCUUCUCUGGCUUCGACUCCCGAGGUGACUUCCGUGGUGGCCGCGGUGGUGGCGAUCGCGGAUUUCGAGGGAGAGGGGGAGGAGACUUCCGGGGCGGGCGCGGUGGCGGUCGAGGUGGUCGAGGCGGCGGCUUUAUGGGCGAACAAGAGAUCUUCGAAGCAAACAAUGUACCCAGACCUGACCCAAAUAUCACUAAACUCGAGGACAAGAUCCUGAAAGAUUUCGACAUGGUGAGCAAGAUGAGCGCUCUGAAACUCUCGUCGAGUAAAGGUUCAAAGUCCUCGAAACCCGGGGAAGAUCACAUGCCUUUCCGACCAGCGUUUGGUACCAAGGGGAUUGUCGUCACCCUACGAACCAACUACUUCGCCUUGGAAGUCAAAACGCCAUCUUUAUAUAAAUAUGCGAUAAAAGCCACUGAAAAAGAGAAGGAGAAGGGCAAGGAAAAGGCCGAAGAACCUCUCAAGAAGGCCCAAUCCAAGAAAGGUGGAGGCAAAAAGGGUGACAAGGAUGACAAGAAACGUGAAGCAAAGGGAAUGAAACUCGCGACAGUCAUCAAAAGGGCCCUGGAUAUAGUCGCCAAGGGAGUUCCCUAUGCGACCGAAUUUAAAGCUCAAGUCGUCACCAUUGGUAAACUUAAGCUACCAGACAACAACAUAGUUGAAAUCCUGUAUGAAGAUGAGGGGCGCAGUGAUAUAUACGAGGUCAAAUUUGAUCCAUCUCCCGACAUCAAUAUGGAUGCCCUCAGAAACUACGUUCAGACGAUGCAGGAUCUGCCUGGGGACACCCACAUCCCGAGGUUCGAAUCAGAGAUCGACGCUCUCAGUAUUAUCACCGGGUUCUGGGCACGUUCUCAUGAUCAAGUUGGCUCCUUGGGUAGCAGUCGAUUCUUUCCGUUAAACGUCCCUUCUGAAGUUCACCCAUUAGGAUACCCAGAUAACAACUCGGUCAUCCGUGGGUACUUCCAAAGUGCUCGACCCGCAACAGGACGGCUUCUUUUAAACGCCAAUGUCGCCCACGGUGUGUUCCGCGCCGGAGGUUCGGUAACGAAAAUGAUCGACGAUUACGGUUUGAACAGCCCACCUGCCAUGCUCGGCAAGCACUUAGCGGGUCUCCGAUGUUACUGCAGACUAUUACCCGAGAAAGGCUCCAAAGGUGGUCCACAGUCGAAGGAGAGAAUCAUCAAGAAACAAAUCGCUGGGGUUGCGAUGCCGAAUGAUGGCUCCGGUUCGAACAAACCUCAGGUUAGACGCCCUGGUGCCGGACCAAACGACGUCUCAUUCUUCCUAUCGGGUAAUGUGCCACCCGGAAUGAAGUCAGACGCCUAUUGCACUGUAUCCGAAUACUACUCGAAAAAAUACAACUUUAAAGUGAACACGAGGUACCCUGUGAUCAAGUUUGGUACAACUAGGCCCAUAUACAUGCCCGCGGAGUUGUGUGAGGUCAUUCAGGGGCAGGCCAAGAAGGGUAAAACGACGGCCGACGAGACCGCCGAGAUGAUCAAGUUUGCUUGUCGGUCACCAUUCGCGAAUCAGACAUCCCUAGCCAAGUACGGCCGAGAUACUCUGGGUCUCGACAAAAGCCAGAAGCUUGCUGAGUUUGGCAUUCGAGUCGGCGAUAGGUUACUGUCGAUAACAGGACGCGAACUCCCACCACCCGCCGUAGCCUAUCUGAACAAACAAAACAGGAGACAGAUUAUCCAAGCCUUCGAGGGCGGCUGGAACAUGCGAGACGUGAAGGUCGUCAGGCCCGGGCGCGUGUUAAACAGUUGGACAUAUAUCCAUAUUGACUUUGCCGACCAACCACCGCCUAGUAACACUGAGGUUCAAAACGCCAUGCAACAAUGGACUACUUUUAUGCGCGGUAUGGGCAUAGCUAUGUCACCCAAUCCAUUCGCGCCUCCCGGGAACGAGUAUAGGGUUUCGGUCCCGAGGAGAGGUUCUCCUUUGGAGAAAUUAAGGGCCAGGUUCAAGAUGUAUGUCAAUAACAGACCUCAGAUGAUAUUUGUUGUCCUACCCGGCAAAAAGACGGAUGCGACCAUUUACAACGCCGUCAAAUUUCUCGGAGACGUCGAGUUCGGCUGGCACACUGUCUGCGUACUUCGAAGCAACAUCAUCAAGUGUCAACCACAAUACUUCGCCAAUGUUGCGCUAAAGGUUAAUUUGAAGAUGGGUGGUGCUAACCACACAUUGAGUAAUGAUGUCAAGAUCAUUAAAGAUGGAAAGAGUAUGAUCGUCGGCUACGAUGUAACCCAUCCGACCAACCUUGCCGGAGGUUCGAGCGGCCUUCCAAGUUUGGUAGGGAUGGUAUCCAGUAUCGAUCAAGAACUGGCGCAGUGGCCUGCCGCAUCGUGGGGACAAGCCAGCAAGCAAGAAAUGCUGGACGUUGUCUUGGUAGACAAGUUUGCCGAGCGCCUAAGGCUGUGGAGGCAACACAACAAAUCCCAACUUCCAGAAACCGUUAUCAUCUUCCGAGACGGCGUAUCGGAGGGACAAUUCCAGCAAGUGUUGGAAAAAGAACUCCCCUUGAUUCGAACGGCGUGCUCCAAGCUUUAUCCCCCUGGGCGACAACCAAAGAUUUCCCUAGUCGUAUCGGUGAAGAGGCACCAAACGCGCUUCUACCCAACUGAUCCCAACCAUAUGACGAAGUCUCGUAACGUCAAGAACGGAACUGUAGUAGAUCGCGGCAUCACCACGGCUAAGAUUUGGGAUUUCUUCUUGGUCGCACACACUGCUCUACAAGGCACCGCAAAACCAGCCCACUACACGGUCCUACUCGACGAAGUCUUCCGCGCGACUCUCGGAACAGAAGCAGCCGAUUGUCUUGAAACGCUCACACACGAAAUGUGCUAUCUCUUCGGCCGAGCCACCAAGGCGGUCAGUAUUUGUCCUCCGGCUUAUUACGCCGAUAUUGUCUGUACACGCCAGCGAGUGUACCUCGCCGAUUACUUCGACCGAUCCGACGUUAUGUCCUCGACUAGUUCGCAAACCGAGGUAUCGGCUGUGGCUGUCAAUGAAAAUCUGAAGGACACCAUGUACUAUAUCUAA